AUGUCCCGACCUUUUCCUACGGAGCAGGAGCCGUCUAGGAACCUAGUAUAUACUCGUCGCCGAGGUCCGCGUCCGCCAGGUCGAAGCGCACACGUUACUAUUUUCAUGCAGCCUGACCAGACGCACAUAGAUGAAGUGAUACCGAGUUCAAGGGGUCCUUGCGAUUUGCGGCACAAUAAAAACCACGGAAAUAUAUGUUGUCAUAUUUUCAAAGCAAAUGACUCCCACCGACGACACGAGAAGGUACACAUUUCCAUUUGCCGAAAUCAAAUGAAGACUCCGCCACAGUUGCGAGAAAGUCCAUCAUGCGUAUGCCACAAAGGCUAAGCCCACUAUAAUCUUCCAGUAACUUUUUACUACCAUCUACAGUGUCUAAUGAGAAAAGCGCGUAUGGGUGCUCUUUUUUUCUGCCAUGUCAUGCGAGAAUGAAUGACAUAUAACGAAUGGGCGAACGUAAAAACUAGAACUACUUCUCAGAAGUCCAUGUCGUCUUUCAGCUCUGAUGAGCCAAGGUGUUUGGAAUCGUCUCUGGACGUUCGGCACUGCCAGCAUGGACCACUGUAGUCUUGCGUGUGAGUUCAAAUGAAUUGAAUGUGCGGGCGUUACGCGUCAUCAAUGACCGUACACUUGCUUGGUCUCAUA